CUCAGAAUGAAAUGAUCACCGGCACCGUUACAUCUACACUGACGCUUUUCACCCACAGCAUGACCAUGAAGAAGAGCAAACCGAUUGCUCUGGACCGGCGCGAUAUUCAUUCCCUGCUGGAUGUGAUCGGCGGCUUCGGUGCCGUAGUCGCCGUGGGGAUCAUUGGCAUGCUGUCGGUGUGCGCCGCGUUCUUCAUUUACCGAUCCUUUAGAGGUCAGCGCGGGAAGGGUGGCGAGAAUAACGGCAACGAAACGACGAUAGCGACGGGAGAAGGGAGCACGGCUCGGAGGAAAAGAGAGAGGGAUGAUCGACCUACCGAGUCAACAGGAGAAUGUCAGGGUGAAAAGCAGAAGAAGUGCAGUAACCUCUCAUCCACAGACAACAUGCUCCUUCCUACUGAGGUGCCAGAGAAAGACCUGAAUGAAAGCACUCUUAAGGAUUUGGAGGAGAUUACAGAUGAGCUCCUAUCAGACUUCGAACCCGAAAUGGGAGAAAAAACGGCUUCUGAUCUGGAUCAGUGUGUAGAAAUGGAUCCUGAUGAAAACACGGAAUGUGAGGAACAUAUUCAGUAUGAGGAUGAUGAUGGACGUGAGGUUUUGGCUGAUGUGAGUGUAGGUUUGACAGAAUUGGACAUCCAAUGCAGUUCUGUCGAGAAGGAAAUUGAGGAAUACCUUGACAAGUCUGUGAGUUUGGACACGGAUGAGCUGUCUGAAACUGAAAGCGCUCGGGAGAUCAUUUUUCAGAGACAUCAAUAUCACAUCACAACUCAAAGUAAUUAUUCUCCAGACCAAGCCCCAUCCAAUCCCAGCAAGAUCCAAUUAGAGGAAAACAGCAAGACGUCAGCGAUGGAAGAAGUGGAGAACACCAGCAAGAAGUUUGAACACCAUCAUGAUUGCCGUUUUCCACGAACAAAUAACUUUGAUUGCUGUUGCUGUGAUAAGAAGACAGAUACGAUGGAGAAAAUAAAAGGCCAGCCAUGGUUUCACACUGGAAGCUACGCCACAGACGCCAUAAACCUGAGCCCAGCUGUGGAGACCAUGGUUAACCACAGCAGCAGGUUUGACUUCCAGAACUACUUGGGUUUCCAAACGGAUAAUACGUUCAUGGGUGGGUCUUCAACACAGAUGAGCCUCUCACAAGAGAAGAAAACCGACGAAGAGGGUGCGUCAGUGCAGAAGAAACACGAAAAGAAUGAAAUCAGUAUCAUGGACGCUAUUAUGGACAAUAAUGAGUGGCUAAACGUAGAUGCAUCAGAGUUCAGAGAUCUUCCUUGGCUUUCGCCAACUGCAAGUGAAGAAAAAGAAGGGCAAGUCAAGACCGGUUUAGCCAAAGACGAUGAAGAACCGGUGAGUAAAAGAGUAGCGACUGUUCCGCCUUUAUCUCAAACGGUUAACGUGACCUUCAGGAUUCACUACAUCACAUAUUCUCCUAACCAGCUGGUGGCUGUUACCGGGAGCCUGCAGGAAUUGGGGGCCUGGGAGAGAUUUGUUCCACUGCGGAAAGCCAAGCACGGGUUCUGGGCCAACACUAUCAGCCUCCCUGUGGAGAGCCAGGUGGAGUGGAAGUUCAUCCUGGUGGAUGAUGGAAGGAUCUCUCGCUGGGAGGAGUGUGGAAACCGCUAUCUCUUUUUAACAAGCCAAGAUGAAGACAUCUAUCUUGACAAGUGCUGGGGAUGUUGUUGAACUCAGAGGUGACUAUCUUCUAGGGCUGCACAAUUAAUUAAAAUAAAAUUGAAAAUUGCAAUAUGGCUGUGGUUUAAGUAAAUAAAUAUAAGCGCUGUGUGUUUCAGAGUGAAGCGAGCGGCAAUGUGUUUUUACAAGUGACCAGUUUAUUCGGAGCAUCUCAUUGCGGUAAAUGCCGCUUUUUUACACCAUCUCCAUCUCUGCAUCUGCUCUAAUUUUUGGUCGCUUUAGUAGUAAAUUGGGAAUGGAACAUCCUCCAACCAUCUUCCCAUAUUUGUAAUUGGAAACGCUUGUUAACAAAAAAGAAGCUCGCUGCGGUUUUCUGUCAAAAUAAAAGUUUAUUUGAUUUUUUUUUAAAUAAAG